AUGAGCUUCGGUUUCGGUUUUAACCCUCCCAAUGUGAGUCCCUUUUCUUCCAGCAACAAUAAUAAUGUUUCUGACAACAAUAACAAUCGGAGCUCGCCGUUUCCUUCUGGUUUUUCUUUUGGCAAUCCUUCUUCUGCCGGAGUUAGACAACAGAACAAUACAACAAUAAGCUCCGAUUCACAACAAAAUAAUAGCCCAGCCUUUGAUGAGAAAAGUAACAAAACUUCAUUCUUUACUUUUGGCUCAUCAUCAUCAUCCUCUACAUUUCCACCACCGUCUGAUCCUUUUCCGAAAAUUCAUGACGAAAUUGAAAGUUUAACGAAAUUAAUCCGAUCAGCAGAAUCAUCCACAAAGGCAAACAAUGAAGAGCUGCAGAAAUUGAGAAAGGAAAACGAAGCACUCAAAGAGGAAAUUGAAAUGUCCAAAAGCGCACUUUCGAAAUCAAAAUUGCUUCCAGAAGAUUUAGAGAUUGCAACCCUGAACACUCUUCGACAAGUUAAAAUGAAUUUAAUAGAAUCACAAAAACUAGUUUUAGAAAGAGAAAUGGAAUUAAUAGAAUCUGAUCACUUUUGUUCGUGCUGUUUGGCAUCAAAGAAGAAUGUGGUAUUUCUGCCUUGCUGCCAUUUGUGCACUUGUGAGAAAUGCUCCUUCAAAUUGACUGCAUGCCCUCUCUGUAGGAAAAAUAUUGAAAAGAAAAUUGUCACACACAAUUAA